UACGAACACCGCUCAAUCUUUCAAUUAAAAAAUGUCACCUUAAUACUUUCUCUAUACAAUGUCGGCACAUAACGCGCUCCCCUCGAAUCUCGACGAUAGUCCUGACACGCAGCUACACCUUGAAAUACGCGAAUCUAUCGUGCGCUCCCUUGCGACGCGCCGACCGAUCCUCCACCACCUUAACGCCGACACGUCCUGGCUUCUUCAGAUCCCUCGACCUGCUUCCGCUACAAAGCAUGGGUCGCGUAUAUACUAUAAUAUUUUAAUUGACCCCUGGUUUGUGGGUGGGCAAAGCGAUGUCGCCCGUUGGUUCUCACAGCAAUGGCAUAAGGAAGAGAGUGCAGUCAAGAGCGUGAAGGAGGUGGAUGAGCUGUGCCGGCAAAUUGAAGUAUUGGCCGGUGGAAUCAGACAUGGAGGCGCGCCCAAGGGAAGAGGAAGUUUGAGGGGUAGGAGCUCAUUCGGGAGGAAAUCAGAGCUUGGUGCUAAUGCUAUGGACAUCGACCAUUUUAUGGAAGAGAAGACUUUGGUUGAUGCAGUGGCCAUCAGUCAUGAGUUUACGGAUCACUGCCAUAAGGAGACGCUUUUGGAAGUGCAUCCCGAUGUGCCAGUGCUCGCGACAGAACAAGCAGCGAAGCUGAUCCAGUCAUUCUCCCAUUUCCGAACCGUUCUCACGACCCCGACCUUCAGCCCUUCAAACUCGGACUGGCGCGAUCAUUCGCUCUCGCCCCUGCCAGCCUGGCUCUCGAUCUCGCGCCUCACAGCCGCCUCCGACGCCCUAUACUAUCAUUCAGCCCUGCUGAUAGCUUUCUCAACCCAUCCUUUUCUUCCCUCUACGCCAGCAAGGAAGCGCUCUUCCCUCCUCUCCAUCCACGGCGAAGAACCGAGCUCAGAGGGGAUGUCCGGCCAAGAUGCGGCGGAAUGUGUGAUAUAUACACCACAUGGCAUCCAGCACCAGGCGCUAGAAGUCGAUGUGUCGAUAUCUGCCGCUCAACAACUCAAUCUGGGUGCACACAACGGCCUCAAAGCUCAACGCAUAUUACGAGCGAAGUAUUGGAUUGCUACACACGACGAGAUCAAGGUCGGGGGAGGAUUGAUUGGAUGGUUCCUGCGACGAAAGGUAUGGACUGUGGAGGACGCAUUGAAACAGGCCAGGACCGAAGCGAGCGCUCAGGGGGAAGACAUUGAUGGCAGUGAGCUGGAAAACGUACAUUUCGAGGAAGUGGGUAAUGGAGAGAGUCGAGUACUGGAGUGAGGUAUACCAAAUCAAGCGCUGGUUGAUAUACCAAAGAGGAGAUGUUGCAGUAAUAUUUUACAGAUACCCGGGAGUUUGGAGAAAGCGCGACUUACUCACAGUUUUGAAUGAUUUAUUCUCGCACAUUUAGGAGGAUUUUAGAUUUAGUAAGGACACAUUAUUCUUCUGUGCGAAAGAAGAACUCAAGCAUGCUUUGUUUCCAAUAAUAUAUACAAUUGCAGUCUGUUAAAGCUACUCUGCUGGACUCCACCAGUCGCUUUCAACUCACAACGAGGCCUUAGCUGCACCGGUCUUCCCUCUGCCCUCUAAGAACUUAACUGGUACAUCGACGACACAAUCUCUAAGCC